AUGCCUCAAGUCAUUUUUGCUGCCGUUGUAGCCGUUUUCUACUUCCUCCUCCGCUACUUCAACCGCACUGACGUCCCUAAGAUCAAGGGGAUCCCCGAGGUGCCUGGGAUUCCUAUCUUCGGCAACCUAUUACAGUUGGGUAAUGACCAUGCCCGGGUAGCAGCGAGAUGGGCUCGGGAAUACGGUCCUGUUUUUCAAGUGCGAAUGGGCAAUAGGAGAAUCGUUUUUGCCAAUACAUUUGAAUCUGUGCGGCAGCUGUGGAUCAAAGAGCAGAGCGCCCUGAUUUCGCGGCCGACCUUCCACACCUUCCACAGCGUGGUCUCGUCGUCGCAGGGCUUCACGAUCGGGACUUCCCCCUGGGACGAGUCGUGCAAGCGCCGACGCAAAGCGGCGGCAACCGCGUUGAACCGCCCCGCGGUGCAAUCGUACAUGCCCAUCAUCGACCUGGAGUCGACGGCGAGCAUCCGCGAGCUCCUGCAGGACUCGCAGUCUGGGACGGUGGAGGUGAACCCGACGGCGUAUUUCCAGCGGUUCGCGCUCAACACCAGCCUAACCCUCAACUACGGGGUUCGCAUCGAGGGCAACGUGGACGACGAGAUGCUGAGGGAGAUCGUGGCGGUGGAGCGCGGGGUGUCGAAUUUCCGAUCGACAAGCAAUAACUGGCAGGAUUAUGUGCCCUUGUUGCGUCUGUGGCCGAGCAAGAACCGUGAAGCGGAAGAGUUUCGCCUGCGCAGAGACGCAUAUCUGACGACCUUGUUGGAUAUGCUCAAGGCGAAUAUCAAGGCUGGCACCGACAAGCCGUGCAUCACGGGGAAUAUCCUCAAGGAUCCGGAAGCGAAAUUGAACGACGCCGAGGUGAAAAGCAUCUGCUUGACGAUGGUCUCUGCAGGGCUGGACACCGUCCCGGGAAACCUCAUCAUGGCGAUUGCGUAUCUGGCAACGGAAGACGGCCAGCGCAUCCAGCAGAAGGCGUACGACGAGAUCAACGCCGUGUAUCCCGACGGGGAUGCCUGGGAACGAUGUCUGCUGGAGGAAAAAGUGCCGUAUAUCACUGCUUUGGUGAAGGAGACGCUGCGGUUUUGGACGGUGAUUCCCAUCUGUCUGCCGAGGGAGAACAUCAAGGAGAUUGAAUAUCACGGCGCUGUCUUUCCUCCUGGCACGUCCUUUUUUAUGAAUGCAUGGGCUGCCAACUACGACGAAACACACUUUGAAUCCCCUCAAAGAUUCUAUCCCGAACGAUUCCUGACUUCCACAGAAGGCGCAGGAACACCGCAUUAUGGCUACGGCGCUGGUUCGAGGAUGUGCGCGGGGUCUCACCUCGCGAACCGGGAAUUAUACACGGCCUUCCUGCGUCUGAUCACGGCGUUCACCAUGAAGGAGGCCAAGAAUGUGCAGGACAGACCGAUCAUCGAUGCGAUCGAGUGUAACUCUAUUCCCACGGCGUUGACCACCGAACCGAAGCCGUUCAAGGUCCGGUUCAUCCCCCGGGAUGAAAGCCAGCUGAAGACAUGGUUGGCGGAGAGUGAUGAUCGUACAAAGCAUUAUAGCUAG